CAAAGCGUAAAAUCUUCUUCAGUUCCAAUCACCAAAAAGCGGGAAAGAAGCCCUUUGCUUGGGGAAGGAAAACCUCGAUUCAUCCUCGACGAUGGCGCCAGUGCCGCCGAGUUCUCAGCCGUGGGUCGAGAAAUACCGUCCUAAGCAAGUGAAGGACGUUGCUCACCAAGACGAGGUUGUUCGAGUGCUCACCAACACUCUCGAAACUACGAACUGCCCUCACAUGCUAUUCUAUGGGCCUCCUGGCACCGGGAAAACAACUACAGCUCUUGCUAUUGCUCAUCAGCUCUUUGGACCUGAGUUAUAUAAGUCCAGAGUUCUUGAGCUGAAUGCUAGUGAUGAUCGAGGGAUCAAUGUUGUUCGCACAAAAAUUAAAAACUUCGCUGCUGUUGCUGUUGGUUCGUCUCGGCAGGGGGGUUAUCCUUGCCCACCGUAUAAGAUCAUUAUUCUUGAUGAGGCUGAUUCGAUGACAGAAGAUGCUCAGAAUGCGCUGCGGCGCACCAUGGAGACAUACUCGAAGGUUACAAGGUUUUUCUUCAUUUGUAACUAUAUAAGCAGAAUCAUAGAGCCUCUUGCAUCUAGGUGUGCGAAAUUCCGAUUCAAACCACUCACCGAAGAAAUUAUGACUAGUCGCAUAUUGUAUAUCUGCAAGGAAGAAGGAGUACAAUUUGAGUCACAGGCUCUGUCAACCUUGAGUGCUAUUUCUCAAGGUGAUCUUCGCCGUGCUAUAACAUAUCUGCAGGGUGCUGCUCGCUUAUAUGGAUCUUCAAUAUCAUCGAAGGACUUGAUUAAUGUGUCUGGUGUCAUCCCCGAUGAGAUUGUCCAGGCUCUCUUUUCUGCUUGCAGAAGCGGUAAUUUUGACAUGACAGACAAAGAAGUGAAAAAUGUAGUCGCCGAAGGAUACCCGGUUUCUCAGAUGCUUUCUCAGUUGUAUGAUAUAAUUGUUGAAUCAGAAGAUAUAUCAGACGAACAGAAAGCAAGAAUAUGCAAGAAGUUUGCCGAGGUAGAUAAGUGCCUUACUGAUGGAGCCGACGAGUAUCUGCAACUGUUGGACGCAGCUAGCAACGCGCAGCGUGCGCUGUGUAACAUGCCUCAAGAAUACUCCUUCGCGAGUUAGGCAUCCGCGACGUCCACUCAGCAUGCUGUCGAAACAUCGGUCAGUAUCUUAAUCGCUUCUGGAAGAUCUAAUUAAAGUUUCAUGUUUAAGAAUGAAAUCUUUUGCACGUCUCUUACAUUAUCUUAAGCAUAAAAGUCUUGGAAUUUAGCUUAAACUGUUGUCAUUUGGUGCCAUGGAUAGAAAUGUCACCA